AUGUCUCGCAUCGAUAUUGAUGACAGGGCUACCCCUGCGGAUCCUCUGGGGUUUAUGCAACGAUUGAGCCCGUCAGUUACUUACUAUGAGCCGACAACGAGCACAAUAGCAUCUGGGAGCAGCAAUUCGCGAGCUGAUCCGGAGCUCAUCUUGCUGUCGACAUGGAUGGGUGCGAGAGAAAACCACAUUGCCAAAUAUGUUCAAGGCUAUCGCGUCAUUUUCCCGACAUCCCGUAUUCUUGUCGCUCAAUGUCCAUUUACGCAUGUUGUAAUGCCAUUCUUGGCAUGGACGCAGAUCCGCCCAGCGGUGCCCAUCUUGAAGGCAGUUGUCGAGUCUGAGACCAGGCAGAAGGUCAAGGACGAUGAUAGCAGCGUCUUCACCGGAAACUCCACAGCGCCGCGAGUGCUCAUCCAUGCCUUUUCCAAUGGCGGCAUCAGCAGCACGCUGUUCCUCUACAACGCUCUCAAGCGCUCGCUUGGAGGGAAAUUCACUCUGCCACAACACGUCUUCAUUUUCGACUCCUGCCCUGGAACAUUUCGAUGGCGCAACACGGCCAGAGCUAUUAUGAAGAUACUUCCGCGCUGGUGCUCACCCGCCGUGCACGCUGUACUAUUCUCCAUUUGGCUCUUUUACCGCAUCAUGCCGGUAUUGCAACCUCGGCAGAACGUCAAUUCGCGAACGAUACGGAAUCCGCGAUUCCAAGAAUUCGAAGUCCGCCGCACGUAUCUGUACGGUACCUCAGAUCAAAUGAUUCCGCCCACCGAUGUUGAACACGAGGCAGGCUCAGCCGCGGAAGCCGGGUUCAAUGUGCGUCUGGAGCGCUUCGAGGACGCCACGCAUGUUGCCAUUCCCAUGUCCCACCCCGAGCGUUACUGGCGUGUUGUCAAGGAAUCUUGGUACGGAGAGGAACCGGCUACUAGUAUUGCCGUCCAAGCCUCUGACGGGAGCCAAGAGAAGCUGGAGGCCGAAAUCAGCUCAGAGACGGUUGCCAAGCGAAUCAGUCUCGUAGAUAAUGAAAAGUCUAUAUCCGAGGAGGCUGGCAUCUUGGUAGAGGAUAUCAAGAGCGAUGGAAAGGACACCAUCGCAGCUGUUGAAAAGACGGCCCAGGAAGUUUCCAAGAGCGCACAAAGUACGCUAGAGAAUGCCACAGCCAAGUCAGAAGAAAUCAAGAAGCAGUCUGGGGCUAUCACUGAAAAAGCGCAGCUCAACGCUCGGGAUCUCAAGGCUGACGCGCACGCUGCGAUUGAACAGGGCCAAGCUAAGGUGAAGCAACUAAAAGCCAAUGCAACCGGCACCGCUCAAGAGAUAGAGGUCAAAGCCAACAAGAAGAAUCUCAGCAAGGAGGUCAACACAGCCGCCGAGAAUCUUGAAGUGGCUGCGAUUCAUUCACUGAAGGACGCUGAGAAGGCUACCAAAGAGGCCAAGAUAGACGUCGCGGCGCCCUUGAUGAGUGCCGCAGCGAAGCCUAAGCAGGACAGUGAGGGCAAGGGAAAGCUUGUCGAGCGUCCCAACACGCCGGAUACCAGCGCAGCACUCCAGGCCGCAAUUGCUGCGGCGGCGUCGUCGUCGUCGAGCCCUGAGGCCGCCAAGGCAAGCAGCUCCAAUACGCGUGGCCGCAGCAGCAGCAGCGGUGUGCAGGAGCCAGCGGCACGCUUCGGCGGCAAGGUAGACAAGAGUGCGGUCAAGCUACCCAAGUCCAAGGCGCCGCAUCCGGAGCUGACCAAGGCGGACGAUAACGAUGCAUUGGUGGUUGUUGCGAAGCCAGUAGAGCCCAAGGUCCCCACAGCCGAGGACAAACGGAAUGUUGAGCAGCCGAAAGCUGGCCCCAAGGUUGAACAGCCUAAGCAAAGCAAAAGCAGCAGCAGCAGCAGCAGCAGCAGCAAGUCGAAAAAGUCCAAGAAGAACGGAAAAAAGUAG